CCAUAAUCGGUGUCCAUGCUGCUCCGCUCACAGUGUCUCUCACCGCAAGGCAGCAGUCACUCGAAACAUGGGAGCGGUAUAAAAAUCCAUUACAUCAGAUCCUUUCGUGCGUCACAGCGUCUUUAGACGCUUUGGCUAUCGAUGCGCCCUGUUUGCAGCAGAAGGCCCCCAACUCUGUGGUUCGGCGGAUAUUUUGGAGCUGGAUGGGGUGGCUCCGGCUCAUUUAGGCGGAUUUAAACACUCUUCUGGUUCUCCCUAUGUUACAGUCUCAUUCUAAGCGUUUGUAGUCAACUUAUAUUAUUGGCAAUUUGUAACCCUGAGUCUUACAGUUCAGCGUGUUUCACAGGCAUUUGCAGAGCUCCGGGUGAUCAACUUCGAUAUGAAGUUCGCCCCUGAUGGGUGCCAUCGGCGCAUGGGUUUCAUAAGGCCUCCUGUCGCUUCACGUCACUUUUGAUCGCCUGUUUUUAUACAAUGAGGCAGCCUCAAGGUCAAACCCAAGCGUUAUCUUGAACACGUCGUUGGUCCCUCGAAGCGCUUGUGAUCAACAUGCCUUCUCUUGUCACCUGGAGUCAUUUGCGCAAUGAACGGAAAGGCAGUGGGGUAGUAAAUGCUCCUGACCUUGAGCGCAUUGCGUUGGCACUGGCUAAUGGUACAACCGAAGCUGCAACGGCGUUGUACAAACUGCAGACGGCACUUAAUAAUUAUAAUGAUAAAAAACCUAUUCCUCGACAACUGGAUUCUUUCAGCUCUUUCAAGAGCGAUUUCCUUGCUGGUCUAGAGGCACUCAUCUCGUUCCUUCAGAACUGUCAUGGAUAUGCGGACGACUAUGUCACCCUAUGCGAAUCUUCUUCCACGAACUUGGCGACCCAAAAGUCCUUACUCACCGUCCACCUUGCCACCGUAAAGCAGACAUGUUCCGAAGCUGGGGCCCUUAUGACUGGGUAUGACGAGACGUACAGCAAAUUCAAUGAAUGUCGUUUGAAGUACCUUUUCCAACGACGUUUCAGUGUGCCAACUGGCCCUCUAUACCCUUCCCGCACAACCAGAGGCACCACUAUGGACGAUUCGAUCCCUGAUUUUGUUAAAGCCGCCAGAGCAGCAGUACGCCCAAACGAAGCAGAAGCUCUCGCAGCUUCAAACGCGGCGCUGCAGCACAUACAGGAAUCAUUGAAGGACUUGGUAGCGUUUUGGAAGGAUGAAUCAUACGUGCUUCACUCUUUGGUCGUGGCUCUAAACUCAAAUUCUGCAACUAUUUCACGGGAAAGCCAGAGGGUGGCUAUGGAAAAAUGGAGACAUUAUCAAACAGUUAUACUCGGUGCUAUGUCUUCCAUAGCCGCGUCUGCAGAUGUCACCAAGGUUGAUGCGCCGCAAUCAAGUCUGAAACCUCAGAAAGGGAUAUGGGGUAUGGUUCGUUAUCCGGCUGAAUGGAAGUGGACGAAUUUAUUUGGGCGUUGAGGUCGAGAUGUAAACCUUUAUCCAGCCAAGAGAUUAUAAUAUUAUCACACAUAAUGGAAUGCGAUUAACACCUGG